AUGGGUGAUUUUAUCCAGGGGGUAUCAUGCCGGGUCGUGGGAUAUAAUCUUACCCUAACAUGGCAGGAUCAUGAGGUUGCUGGGGACAUCCGAAAUGUCGUUCUCAUUAACGGACAGUUUCCCGGCCCUACACUCUGGCUGAAACAGGGAGAUGAUGUAGAAGUUUUGGUGACUAACAACAUGCCUUUUCCAACUACCGUUCACUUUCAUGGUAUCCAACAGCAAGGUACCCCCUGGUCUGACGGGGUCCCCGGUCUAACUCAACUACCUAUCGCGCCAGGGGACCAGUUCUUGUAUAACUGGAAAGCCGACGACUACGGUGCUUACAUCUAUCAUUCACACGAAUCGGCCCAGAUAGACGACGGCUUUUACGGAGCCAUCUAUAUCAAGCCAGCAGACAACGUUGAGAGGCCAUUCUCGUUGAUCAGCACAGAUAAGACGCAGCUGGACUUCCUGAGACAGGCAGAGCAGAAUACCCAGCCGGUUAUUCUUUCAGACUGGCGGCGUCUGACUUCAGCGGAAAUUUUGAACAUCGAGGAACUAUCCGGUGUUGAGAGUUACUGUGCUAGUUCCAUCCUCGUGAAUGGCAAGGGAUCUAUGUUUUGUCCGCCACAGGAGCAUAUCAAUGAGCUCACCCGGCCAGAAUUGAAAGAACUGCUCAAUGGGAGAAAUAUGUCUGAUAUGGGCUGCCUACCGCCCAUUGCAGCCCGCCUGGGUUUCUUCCCGUUCAACAUGAGCGAAAUCCCCAAAGGAUAUUACGAAGGUUGCACACCAGCUGAGGGCCAGACCGAAGUCUUCUUUGUUGAUCCUGCUUCACAAUGCGUCAGCUACGACUUGAUAAACAUUGCUGGGAGCUCCUCGCUAGUAUUCUCAAUUGAUGAGCACCCGCUGUACAUCUACGCGGUAGAUGGUCGAUACGUUGAGCCACUGCUUGUCGAUGCCCUCACUAUCCAAAUCGGAGCCCGGUAUUCCGUCAUGGCAAGGCUAGAUCGGCCUGCGGGUAACUACACUAUUCGGGUUGCCAAUAACUAUGCAAAUCAAAUCAUCAACGGGACGGCAAUAUUGUCUUACAAAGCGCCCUCGGAGCAAUACUCCUCCGAGCCAUAUAUCACUGAGAUAGGGAAGGGGGUCUCCCCGAAAACAAACAUUUUGGAUGAAACAGAUCUAGUCCCAUUUCCAGCCUUAGCGCCGGCGUUGGACGUUGAUCGCACUUUUAUCCUGAACGUCCAUAUGUACAAUGCGUCAUAUACCUGGGUAUUGGGCAAUGACAGUUACCCGCCGUCAAUAGAGCACCUAUCGGUGCCCGUGCUCUACAACAUCAGUUCGAUACCUGUGCAAUAUACCCUUCCGACCUUGAACGACACAUGGGUCGAUCUUAUAAUAAAUGUCGCGACUGGAGAGCCUCAGCAUCCGUUGCAUAAGCAUUCGAACAAGUUUUUCGUGAUUGGAGAAGGCUCAGGCCCGUGGACGUAUGCCUCGGUGGCCGAGGCGGCUGAACAUAUUCCUGACAGUUUCAAUUUCGUGAACCCGCAGCUUAGGGACACAUAUCCAACACCGACCUCCAGAAAUGGUGGGGCUUGGCUAGCACUUCGAUAUCAUGUACAGAAUCCGGGGCCUUUCCUAUUUCAUUGUCACGUUCUUAUGCACCAAGUUGGUGGGCUUGCUGUGGCUUUCUUGGACGGCAUAAAUAUAUGGCCGACAGUGCUGGAGGACUGUGAUCCACACUGA